AUGGCAGACGAGCCUGUGUCGGUGUCCUCGCCCACAUCCUCGGGCCCGGGCACGAUGAGGACCAAAUACACAGAAGCGUCCCUUUCUUCCUCUCAUUUUUCCGCAAAAGAGAUACCAGCUGUAGAGGGACGUGAUGAUGUGGAGGAGGAAGAAUUUUUUGAAGCCGAAAAUGACGUGAAUGUAGUGGAGGACAUCGGGGCGGAGGACCUGUCGGAGCAAUUUGAAGAACUGCGGGUGGUGCCAGAAGAGGAACGAGACGCAGAGAAAGCACGGGGCUUGAAGGAGAAGGGUAACACCUGCUACCAAGCGCAGGAUUUCCAGGGGGCCGCAGAAUGCUACGGUCUUGCCAUCAAAUUCUGCCCAUACCAGUACGACAAGGAGAAAGAAUUGGCAGAGGCACGUCGACGGGCCUGGGCCGCCCAAGAAGAAGAGGAAAGGGCGCGAAAGAGUGGGGAAGAGAACGUCGCGACGCCCGAGACAGGAGGCAGCGGAGUGUCCGGGGCCACGGCACCCUCUGGAACGGGAGGGAAGGAGGGGACUACCGGGUCCUGUGGGGGCUCCCAUCAGGCGGACGCAACGCGCGCGGAGGAGGAAAAAGAACCGUUUGCCGAGUUUAAGGAGGAGUGUGCCGUGUACUACUGCAACCGGGCAGCAUGCUGGGUCCAUCUGGGGCGGGACCGAGAGGUGGUGGAGGACUGCAGUGUCGCCCUCAAGCUUAAAUCCGGGUAUGCAAAAGCGUUGAUGCGCCGGGCCCAGGCCUCCGAGCGUCUGGACAAGCUGGAGGACGCCCUGAAAGAUUACAAGGAGGUGCUGGCCUUGGACCCGGGGAACCGCGUGGUCCGCGCCAAGAUGCCUGGGUUGGAAAAAGAAUGUGCCGCGCGCAUGGAGAAGCUCAAGACGGAGACGAUAGGGAAACUGAAGGAUCUGGGCAACAGCGUCCUGAGUAAUUUUGGACUGAGUUUGGACAAUUUUAAGAUGCAGCAGGACCCCAACACGGGCUCCUACAGCUUCAGCUUUCAAAAGUAA